UUUUUAUAAUUAAAAAUAUCACAAUCCAAAACAAAUAAACUGUUUUUACCGAAGGUCAAGUGUUAAAUUUGAGAGAUGAAUGCAAUUUGCUAAACCAGAAGCUAAAUGUGAUGCACCUUUGUCACCAAUUUAAUUCUUACUUUUUAAAUAUUGAAGAAAGAAUAAAUCAUUAAAUAGUUAAUUAGAAGGAAAAAAUGAAGAAAAAAUAUGAAAUAAUUAGAUUAAUUAAUUAAUAAAUAAAA